AUGUGGCGCUCAAUCGCUCCUCUCCUUACCCUCCUCUCCUCCCUUCUCAUCCCAGCUCAAGCACACCUAGGACCGCCAGGCCCGCCGUGGUCUUACUUCCCCACCAACAAGUACGCGGCCGGCGCAUCGGCCUGUUCAGCCAUCGCACAGAGCUUCCGUUACCAGAAUGUCACGGUCAACUUCGCGCAUUACGUGCCCGCAGGCACAAACAUUUCACUGGAGCAGACGGGCGCGCUCGCAACAUGCGCUCGUCCCUUCCAAGUCGCACCGGUGGAUGUAUGCCGUGUAGCCAUGUUCGUGGCGACCAGCAAUCGCAGUAACAUUACGCUUGAGGCGUGGUUGCCGACGGACUGGAACGGUCGGUUCUUGAGUACGGGGAAUGGAGGCUUGAGUGGGUGUAUCCAGUACGAGGACAUUGCCUAUGGGACCAGCUUUGGCUUCGCUACCGUUGGAGCCAACAAUGGGCAUAACGGGACCAGCGGCGCGGCCUUCUACAUGAACGCGGAUGUGGUCGCAGACUUCGCCUACCGCAGCGUGCAUACUGGUGUCGUUGUCGGCAAGGCGAUCUCGAAUCAGUAUUACCGCCAGCAGUACUCCAAGAGCUACUACCUGGGUUGCUCUACGGGUGGCAGACAAGGAUUCAAAGAAGCGCAGGACUUCCCCGAAGACUUUGACGGAAUUGUCGCCGGCGCACCAGCUGUUGGAUUCAACAAUCUCAGCUCUUGGUCUGGACACUUCCUUCUGAUCACCGGCACACCCAACGCCUCUACCUUCCUCAAUCCCGCACAAUGGGCGCUUGUUCAUCGGGACAUCCUCUCCCAGUGCGAUGCCAUAGACAAUGCCGUGGACGGCAUUGUCGAAGACCCUCUGCUGUGCCACUACGACCCGAUAACGUUACUCUGCCCGCCCGGCAACACCACGAACUGCCUGACAUCCGCCCAGGUCCAAACAGUCGCCGCAGUCUUCGCUCCAUACUAUGGCGUCAACGGCACCCUUAUCUUCCCAGGCAUGAACGUGGGAUCGGAACUGUCAGACGCCUUCAUCUACUACAAUGGCCAACCGUUCCCAUACACAUCAGAUUGGAUUCGCUAUGCUAUCCUCAACGACCCCACCUGGAGUCCGUUUAACUUGACCGCUCAGCUGGCCGCGUAUGCACAUGCAGUCAAUCCAUCCGACAUCGAGACGUGGAAGGGUGAUUUGUCCGCCUACAAGAAUAAGGGAGGCAAGAUUUUACACUACCACGGCCAAGCAGAUUCCAUCAUCACUUCGUCCAACUCGCCGCGCUACUAUGACAACGUUGCUACAUCCAUGUCCCUCCCGCCAGCGUCGCUCGACUCAUUCUACCGCUUCUUCAGAAUCAGCGGGAUGGAUCAUUGUGCCGGCGGAGUUGGUGCCUGGCAGAUAGGCCAGACGACGGCAGGAUCUGCAAACACGACGUUGGAUCCUCAGCAUAACAUCCUGCUGAGGAUGGUUGACUGGGUUGAGAAUGGGAAUGCCCCUGACACUGUGACUGGGACGAAGUUUGUUAAUGACACGGCAAGCUUGGGUGUGAGCUUCGUGCGCAAUCACUGCCGGUAUCCGCUCCGCAAUGUAUGCGUGGAUCCGGCGAACUACCAGAACCCGGCGGCGUGGAAGUGUGUGCUUUGA